AUGGCGGCCAACGAAGACCUCAUCAACUUCGAUAUCAUCGAGAACCAGAAGGAAAACAUCCAGUCCCUGCCCGGUGGACGAUCGGCAAAGGAACUCGCGCGCAUAUUUUCUCCCAAAGACCCAAAGGACAUUCUGGCAACACCCUCGCCAAACGAUACACGAACACUGAACGAUGCGAUAAAACAAGAGUACGAAGCAGAGUUACAAGCGAUUGCGGAGUCCGAUGACCCUCUGGACAUCUACGACCGAUACGUAAAAUGGACACUAAACGCAUACCCAUCGACUCAGGCCACGCCAGAGUCAGGUCUCCUUCCCCUGUUGGAACGAGCCGUGAGAGCAUUCCUCUCGUCUCCGCACUACAAAAAUGACCCCCGCUACCUGCGACUAUGGCUACACUAUAUUCGUUUGUUUUCGGAUUCGCCACGAGAGACGUUCGCGUUCCUUGCGCGUCAUCACAUUGGCGAGGGUCUUGCCCUGUACUACGAAGAGUUCGCUGCCUGGUUAGAAGGCGCGGGACGGUGGAAUCAGGCUGAUGAGGUAUACCGACUUGGAAUGGACCGCGAGGCACGACCGGCCGAGCGCCUUGUCCGCAAAUACAGUGAAUUCCAGCAGCGAUACGAACAACGCUCGCAGGAUACUGGCCCCUCAUCCCCUGCGUUGCCUGUUGUGCGUCCCGCGCUGGCCGCCAAGGUCGAUCCUUUCGCGAGCGCGACGACCGACACCCAGGCCCAGCGAUCUGGUCCUGCCCCUACGGCCGCACCCAAGACUAAAUCGGGUAAGCCAAAAAUGGCGAUCUUCUCGGAUGCCGACUCGGCGGAGAGCCAGCCUGCUGUUUCUGGUCAGUCGAAGGGGUGGGAUAGCAUCGGUUCAUUACACGAGCGACGGAAGGAGAACAAGGUAGAAGCCAAGCCAUGGGUGGGAGAGACACUAAAGGCCGGGAAGAAGCCCGCGCCGGUGCAGAAGAUGACGAUUUUUCGGGAUGAGUCAAAUUCCAAUUCAAACAUUCAAGAGAAUGAGUCAACUCAACCGAAACCUGUUCCCGAGCAUCGUGUCAGAGAGGCAGUAAACCCUCGUACUGGAAGACGUGAGCGUGUCUUCGUCAAUCUCGACUCUGUAUACCCCGAGUAUUCGAACCCAGCCCAUGAGGUCAGCUUUGAGGAAUUAAGGGCCAUCAGUCGUGGUUGGAUGCAGAAGAACUGGCGGCAAGCCAAGGAACCUCUUAAGCAGAUAUCUGGAAACGAGAAUGCUGUUGAACAUGUUCUAGCAGAAAAGCUGCCGAAGGAGUUCAAGCAAAAAUUGACCGUCAGAGAUGCAGAUGGACCGGAAUCACACCAAAGCACCAGCUCCGACGGCCUAGAGGGCAAAUCUGGCAAGGUGAAGAAGCUGAAGCUCCGCGAAGUCCGAGGUGAAACACAAACAGUCAAAAUGAAGUUUGAUUCUCCCACGGGAGGCAAAAUUCGCCGUAAAAGUACAGCAGAGCCAACAAUGACCAUCCACACCCGCGCCGCCACGGACGAAAUUUACAGCAUCUUCAACCAGCCACUGAAGGCAGAGACGGAGAAUGCCGAAAGCAGUGAUUUCGAUGACGAUGAUUACACCAGUGCGGGCGAGAGCACGGUGACAGGACACCUGUCGGCGGCGUCGAGUGACUUCGGCGAUGAUGAAACCACCACAUUCCACAAGGGGGCGACGUUACUGAAUCGGGCCCUCCCGUAUUCACAAGGUGCCGAUAUAACACAAUCGACAGUGUUUCAAGACGCCGACGAUGAAACCGAAAGUCACGACCAAUUCCCUUCGCCUGGGAAACACCAGCGACAGCGGUUCAUCCCGGAGAUGCCUGAAGACUACAAUCCACCCUGUGGCCCGUACCGUGAUCCCGCACUUGUCGCCCAAAAUCGUCUGCCCUUCAUGACGCCUAUCGUGGAGCAGACCGAGUACUCGCUUGCCUCGAUGACCGCGGCGAGAAGCGCACUGUACAACGCGAAAACUCCAUCCAAACCUGCGCAGGGCAACAGAACGCCGCAGAUACCUCAGAUGGGAAGUCUACUCUCUUCUCCGUUCAUGGCCAAAACGCCCCACGCCUCUGACAACACCGUCAAUUUGCCGGAAGACGUGGCACUCAGUCCCACGGCGAAGAAAGCUGGGUUGAUCCCUAGAUUUACACCUCUCUCUGAAGAGCCUCACCAGGGACCAGUCAUUCUGGAUAGUCAAUGCAAUCCUACAGAUAGGGGAAUCCGAAAGGCAAUCCUUGAGGCAGUGGGGUCGGAGUUUACGUCGCUUCCUGGGUACCGUGACCAUGCAGACGUUGAGACUCAUUACGCCCACGACAUUCAGAAAUUCAUGAAGUCAUAUGCGAGGCGUCUCAAAAGCGGUAAUGAGGAAUCGUUUGACAUACCCGUCCUCGACCUCCCAGGUGCAGCGCGGAGCUACAUCAUCAGACGAGAGCUCGGUGCCGGUGCAUAUGCUCCUGUCUACCUUGCCGAGAGUCUUGAUAACCAUAUAUCUGACUCGGAGACAGCGUCCGUCGAUGGCGACAGCAAAGAAUCCAGCCCUGUCAGUGACAUGGUGACCACCCGCCGUUAUGGCUUUGAAGCGAUCAAGCUUGAAGUAGGCCCACCAAAUCCUUGGGAGUUCUAUAUGAUCCAGAUCGCACACCAGCGUCUGAGCCGUAACGCGGAGCUGUCCCGUGUCACCGAAAGUAUCAUUCGCGCUCAUGAACUCCAUAUCUUCGAAAAGGAAACUGUCCUUGUCGAAGAUUAUCGCGGGCAGGGAACACUGCUCGAUCUGGUCAACCUUGUCCGUAAUGAGCCGACCAUGGCGAACAAUAAUGGCGAGGGAGGAAUUGGCGAAGUCCUUGCCAUGUUUUUCACAGUGGAAUUGUUCCGAACUGUCGAAGCCCUUCACGCCUGCGGCAUCCUGCACGGUGAUCUCAAGGCCGACAACUGUCUUGUCCGAUUCGACAAGCUAAGUACACCUUUCAGCCCCUCGGAGGAAUCGGAUGCCCGCGAAUCCCACUACUCCCCUCGCGGGUCGCACGGAUGGCACAGCAAGGGACUGUGUCUCAUUGAUUUCGGCCGAGCUAUUGAUAUGCGCGCUUUCCAGCCCACAGUCCAGUUCAUUGCAGACUGGGAGAUUAGCAAACACGAAUGCAACGAGAUCCAGGAGAUGCGCCCAUGGACCCAUCAGAUUGAUCUUUACGGCCUUGCGGGCAUCGUGCACAUUAUGCUUUUCGGAAAGUAUAUCGAGUCUUCUCCUAUGCGUCGCAGCGAGGGUGCUGCUGAUGGUAUGGUUGGGUCUUCCAGCACGAGAACAUACCGGAUUCGCGAGACCCUAAAGCGGUACUGGGAGCGCGAGAUCUGGAAUGAUGCUUUUGAUCUUCUCUUGAAUCCGGGGGCCGACCGAUGGGUCCAGAUGGAAUGCGAAGGAGGUAACCCUGCAGCGGCCCUGUUGGAUGAGAACGCCAAAGUCCCAACCGUCCUUCCAGUGUUGAACUCCAUGAGAUACGUGCGGGAGAAGAUGGAGUCGUGGCUGCUGGCGAAUGCUGAGAAGAAAGGCCUUGGUCAUCAGAUCCGCAAGUUGGAGGCCAUUCUUGUUGAUAAGAAGAGGAAGCUGGAGAAGCAUUGA